UUUUGGCACGGACUAAAAAGGAAAUAGGUUCACAUAAAUUGAAACGGAGAGAGUAUUAAGGAUAAACUAGUAAAAGCUUUGGCCAAAAUAAAAGUGCUUGCUGAAAUGUCGUAAGUUGGGGGUGACGAACUUAUGACUUAAGGCUAAUUUUAACUUAUAAGCACUUUGGGUGUUUACCAAACUCGUAUAUAAGCCAGUUUAACCGGCUUAUAAGCUUAGCCAAAUAAACUGGCACCCCAUUUUUUGGGGCAACCCGGUACCCCCCCCCCCCCCCCCAAACCAUAACCAACUUUACCAUGCAAUCGUGCAUGCAACUUUAUCAACGUUUAACCUAUUUCAAUUUGCUGUCACAUUAUAUUUCCAGUUCCAUAAGUUUGCUUUCCUAUUCCGGCAUUAAUGUAAAUCUACAGUCAGUUUUACUGAUGAUAGUAAUAUAUAUCUCUACCUGCAUAUUGAUAUUCAAUAUACAAACAUGCAGAAUAAUAUACUUUUCCUUUGGGAUGGCCCCUUUUCCUCCCUCACGAUAUUGCUUUUGUUUUCUUAAUUCCCUCACUAUAUAAUUAUUUUUCUUUCUUGUUUAUAAUUCUUUCGUUCUCCUAGCUAUUAUCAAGAGGAUCACUCUAUAUAAUUCUCCCUUUUUACAACAAAAAAUUAUAAAUUGGGCUAACAAAUUAAAGCCUUUUUGUUCCUGAAGGUAGGGGUAAAUAUGUGUACAUACUACCCUCUUCAGGCCCCGCUUGUGGGAUUAUAUUGGAUUUUCUUUUUGUUGUUGUUGUUCCUGAGCUGAAACUAAUUGAGUUUCGUGUUGUGGUGGUGGGGAGGAGAAGGGGGCAGGAUGAGCUUGGUGGUGAUCCAAAUAAUGGUGGUGGCCCUUCUCUUUGUCAAUAGUCACAGCUUCGCCAAUGCCGACACAGAUCCAUCUGACGCUUCAGCCCUGAGAGUAAUGUAUAGCUCCCUAAAUUCACCGGCGCAGCUUACAAAUUGGAACUCAUCUGACGGUAGCGAUCCUUGUGGAGAAUUCUGGAAAGGCAUUACUUGCUCCGGCAAUAGAGUAACUGAAAUACAGAUAUCCGGUCUAGGACUCUCUGGAUCAAUGGGAUACCAAUUAACUAGUCUUACAUCUGUGACCAAUUUUGACAUAAGCAACAAUAAUCUGGGAAACCAGAUACCUUAUCAGCUUCCUCCAAAUGUGCAGAGACUUAACCUUGCUGCUAAUGGUUUUACUGGUGGCUUACCUUAUUCGAUUUCACAAAUGACUUCCCUUCAAUACUUAAAUGUCAGUCAUAAUCAAAUUCAAGGAGAACUGAAUGACAUGUUUGGAUCACUUUCUUCUCUCAACACGUUGGAUAUCUCUUUCAAUUCAAUGACCGGUAAACUUCCUCAAAGCUUCCAGUCACUGACUAGUAUGAAGAAAAUAUACCUGCAGAACAACCAGUUUACAGGAAAUAUUGAUGUCCUCGCCAAUCUUCCUCUUGACAAUCUGAGUCUUGAAAACAAUCAGUUUACUGGCGCGAUACCCGAGAAGUUAAAAGGGAUAUUGCAAAAAUCUAAUAGUAACACAGGAAGCUCAGGGCCAGCCCCUCCGCCUCCACCUGGCACAACCCCCCCGAAUCACAAAUCCGGAGGCAAUGGCAGCCCUUCCAGUGGUGGAGGUAGCAGUGAUAGAAAUGAGAAAUCUGGUAUAGACAGUAGAGGCGUUGCAGGUAUAGUCAUAUCAGUUUCAGCGGUCGGCGCAGUUGCAGUUUUCUUUAUUAUCAAGAAAAGACAUAGAAAGUCGUCAACAGACAUAGAAAAACUUGACGUUCAGCCAUUCUCUCUUGAUUCACAGGAAGGACAAGAGAUGAAAAUUAGCCAAAAUUCCUCGACAACAAGCAUGAAAGCUGUAGAAACUCCCAGUGCAAUGACUCUAAGACCUCCACCAAUCAAUCAUCAUAAAUCCUUUGAUGGAGAUACUAUUUCAGAAAAACACAUUGUUCCUCAGAAUAAAACUCAUACAGCUCAAAUGAAUGUUGUACAAUAUUCAUUUGCAGACCUACAAAUGGCUACUGAUCGCUUCACUGAUGAAAAACUUAUUGGUGAGGGAUUCAUUGGGAGUGUUUAUCGGGCUCACUUUGAUAAUGGCGAAGUUCUCACUGUCAAGAAAAUUAAUUCACCUGAGCCACGGAAUCCUGAAGUUUUUCAAAAUAUGGUUUCUGACAUAUCCCGGCUGCAUCAUCCAAAUGUGACUGAACUGGUUGGUUAUUGUUCAGAACAUGAGCAGCACCUGCUGAUUUAUGAAUUCUACAGAAAUGGUUCUCUGCACGAUUUCCUGCAUCGAAUUGAUGAAGAAGACAGCACACAACUAACAUGGGAUAGCAGACUCAAGAUUGCACUUGGCACAGCAAGAGCACUAGAGUAUCUACACGAAGUUUGUUCGCCAUCUUUAGUUCAUAAAAAUAUCAAAUCUGAAAAUAUUUUACUUGAUACUGACCUCAACCCUCAUCUAUCAGACAGUGGGUUAGCAAACCUUGUUGCUGAUGUAGAUCAGGGAUUGAACCAUAAUACAGAGUCUGGAUAUGGUGCACCUGAGGCUGCUAUAUCUGGAAAGUGUACCGCGAAGAGUGAUGUAUACAGCUUUGGAGUGGUUAUGUUAGAACUUUUUUCUGGACGAAAACCUUUUGAUAGCUCAAGACCAAGAUCUGAACAAUCUUUAGUAAGAUGGGCAACACCUCAGCUCCAUGAUAUUGAUGCACUGGAACAGAUUGUCGAUCCAGCGCUUGAUGGACUCUAUUCUGUUAAAUCUCUGUCACGGUUUGCUGAUGUUAUUGCUCUCUGUGUCCAGCCCGAGCCUGAGUUCAGGCCACCUAUGUCAGAAGUGGUUCAAGCAUUGGUUCGGCUAGUGCAACGAGCAAACCUGAGCAAGAGGUUACACGGUAUUGAUCAGGACUGAGGAGACGAAAGAGCUGUUCAAGAGUAAGAAACUCUAAGCAACAUUGACUCACUCUGUUGCCUAUUUCAGCAAAUGGUUUUCCCUAAAUUCUUUGCUGUUUAUGGGAGAUUACCUGAAGCUGAUCAGUCCAGCAAGAUCUUGCACGUUGCAAUAUUUUCGAUUAAUACCAGAUGCUAACAUUCCUAAAUCACGGGACUUUAUACCCGGCUUUGGUACUCUGCUCACCAAUAUUGUUAGCCAAGGCAAGUUAAUUGACAUCUGACAGAUAAAUGUGCAACUCAGAAACCUGAAAAUUUUCCAUGUCAACUGAAAUAUACGGUUGAAGGUGCCACUCCUCA